AUGUCGACCCAGCAACUCGCCUGCACAUACGCCGCCUUCCUCCUCGCUGACAGCGGCAAGUGUGACGCCUCCAGCCUGCUGGCUGUGACGAAGGCCGCUGGUGUUGAGGUGAGCAAAGGAAUGGCCGGCGCCUACGCCGCUGUUCUCGAGACUGUGAACAUCAACGAUGUGCUCUCCAACAUUGCGUUUGGUGGUGGUGCUCCCGCUGCUGGCGGAGCUGCGGCCCCUGCGGCUGCUGGUGGUGCUGCGGCCCCCGCUGCCAAGAAGGAGGAGAAGGUGGAGGAAGAGGAAGAUGACGAUAUGGGCUUCGGUCUCUUUGACUAA